AAGUUAUAUAAGGACUUUAACUACCUUUGCUGCGCAUUCUACCCGAGUCGGUGCUCAGCUUCACAGAUAUACAUUCCCAAAAUAAAAUAGCAAUGGCUGAAAAGGUUGUGCUGCACUACUUCAAUGGAAGGGGAAAAAUGGAGACUAUCCGUUGGCUUUUGACAGUUGCAGAAGUUGACUUUGAUGAGGUCCACCUGACUACCCGUGAGCAGUAUGAAAAACUCCUCAGUGAUGGAUCUCUCAUGUUUCAGCAGGUUCCUAUGGUGGAAAUCGAUGGCAUGAGGCUUGUUCAGACAAAGGCAAUCUUGAAUUACAUCGCAGAGAAGUACAAUCUUCAUGGACAAAAUCUCAAAGACCGCGUCUUGAUCAACAUGUACUCAGAGGGACUGAUCGAUCUCAUGGAAAUGAUAAUGAUUUUGCCCUUCAGCUCAGAUGUAGAAGCAAAACUGAAGAAUAUUCAAACUAAAGCAAAAGAGCGCUACCUGCCUGUGUUUGAAAAGGCGCUGUCUGGGCCCAUAUACCUGGUGGGAGGUAAACUAAGCUGUGCAGAUGUGGAGCUUCUUGAAUGCACCCUGAUGCUGGAGGAGAAGUUUCCUGGAAUCCUCGCUGAUUUUCCAAACGUCAAGUCUUUCCAGGGCAGGAUGACUCGGAUUCCCGCCAUCAGCAGGUUCCUGCAACCAGGCAGCAAGAGGAAGCCACAGCCAGAUGAGACCUAUGUGAAGACAGUCAUGGAGGUGUUCAAUGUAAAAUUACCAUUGCCAUGAACUGUGAGAGAUCUGGUACUCCUCACACAGGCAGUGUGAAUGUUUCAUUAUGCCAGCAUAGCAUGUACAGUAAAUCCAAUCCAAUCUUUUGAAACAUAUCUGUGUUUUUAAUGUGAGGAUUCUACUAAAUAAACCAUUUAUUUCUAACGAA